AUGAGCGCGUGCAGCAGGAAGGCCCUGACGUUGCUGAGCAGCGUCUUUGCAAUCAGUGGCCUGGGGCUGCUGGGAGUGGCAGUCAGCACCGACUACUGGUUGUACCUGGAGGAGGGCGUCAUCGUGCCUCUGAACCAGAGCACAGACAUCAAGACCUCGCUGCACUCGGGCCUCUGGAGAGUCUGCUUCCUGGCCGUUGUCUCUAAAUUUGUCCCUACAUUUCCGACUCUUUGUUCUUCAGGUGAAGAGUCUGGUCGGUGCUUUACCAUUGAGUACAUCAUGCCCAUGAACGUCCAGCUGACGUCAGAGUCCACAGUAAACGUGCUCAAGAUGAUCCGCUCAGCCACUCCGUUCCCUCUGGUCAGCCUUUUCUUUCUGUUCAUCGGUUUUGUCCUCAGCAACAUCGGGCACAUUCGGCCACACCGCACCAUCCUGGCCUUUGUCUCUGGAAUCUUCUUCAUCCUCUCAGGCCUGGCUCUGGUGGUGGGCCUGGUACUCUAUAUUUCCAGUAUAAAUGAUGAAAUGCUGAACAGGACUAAAAGCAGCGAGGCCUAUUUUACCUAUAAGUACGGCUGGUCCUUUGCUUUUGCUGCCAUCUCCUUCCUGCUAACUGAGAGUGCAGGAGUCAUGUCUGUGUACCUGUUCAUGAAGCGCUACACAGCAGAGGAGAUCUACCAGCCUCGCCACCCCAGUUUCUACCGCCCUCGUCUCAGCAACUGCUCCGACCACUCAGGCCAGUUCCUCCACCCAGAGGCUUGGUCACGUGGACGAAGUCCCUCAGACAUCUCCAGUGAAGCUUCACUCCAGAUGAGCGCCAGCUACCCUGCUCUCCUCAAAUGCCCCGACUAUGAUCAGGUCUCCUCUUCACCCUGUUGA